UUUCGAAAAAACGAGAUUUUGAUCAUGCAACGGCCGUUCCGUGAGUGUCAAGUCAAAGCCAAGAAAUAGGGUACACCAAAAAUGUCCAUUGUUAUUUUAUUUUUUUUAAACUCGGUAUCCGGCCCAAAGACUAAUUGAUCUGGGAUCAAUCGCUCCGUCCACUGGCGGACCCAAUUGAAGCCCGAACAACUUCUUCACCACAGCCGUCCAGUCAAUCACUCCGCCGCCCCCACCGCAAUCCUAUCUCCCUCUGUCACUCAAGCAGUACAAACAACCGACAGACUCUGAGCUAAUCAAACAUGACUCGCUGCAUAAAACAUCGCCAAAGAAAGACCAAGAAACGAAGCGAAUCAUCUUCUUCAGUGCCACAGCUUCCAGUUAAAGUGUGGCAACCUGGUGUGGACAGGUUGGAAGAAGAUGAAGAACUUCAGUGUGAUCCUUCUGCUUACAACUCUCUUCAUGCUUUUCAUAUUGGAUGGCCUUGUCUUAGCUUUGAUAUUGUAAGAGACACCUCGGGCUUAGUUCGAAAAGAAUUUCCACACACGGUGUAUUUCAUGGCAGGGACACAGGCUGAGAAACCUUCUUGGAAUUCUAUUGGGAUUUUUAAAGUAUCCAAUAUUUCUGGGAAGACACGUGAGCCGGUGCCUAACCAUGAAACUGAUGACUUUGGAAUGGAUAGCGAGGACAGUGAUAGUGAGGAUGAUAGUGAAGAUGAAGAAGGUGUUGUCGGGGGUCCUAAUUUGCAGUUGCGGAAGGUAACUCAUGAAGGUUGUAUCAACCGGAUACGCUCCAUGCCACAUAAGCCCCAUAUAUGUGCAUCUUGGGGAGACUGUGGCCAUGUGCAGAUCUGGGACAUGAGCUCUCAUCUCAAGGCUCUUGCAGAGACAGAAACGGAGGGUGUCCAAGGAGAUGAUGUAGCUCAGGUUCCACUACAAAAAUUUAAGCACAAAGAUGAAGGUUAUGCUAUAGACUGGAAUCCUCAUGCAUGUCUUUUAUCUGGGGAUUGCAAUAAUAAUAUUUAUCUAUGGGAGCCUACGUCUGCUGCAACAUGGAAUAUUGACCAAACUCCCUUUACGGGACAUACGGGUAGUGUUGAAGAUCUGCAAUGGAGUCCUAAGCCUGAUGUUUUUGCUUCUUGUUCUGUGGAUAAAAGCAUUGCAAUAUGGGAUACUCGUUGUAGGAGGUCACCAAGGUUGACUUUUAUAGCACAUAAUGCCGAUGUGAAUGUCAUUUCAUGGAACAGGUCUGCCGGCUACACCAGUAAUUUAUUGGCAUCUGGUAGUGAUGAUGGGAGUAUAUCUGUUCAUGAUCUCAGAUCGCUUCAGGAAGGGAAAGAUCCCGUGGUGGCACAUUUUGAAUACCAUAAGCAUCCGAUCACAUCCAUUGAGUGGAAUCCAGACAAUACUUCUUCUUUCGCUGUUUCAUCCUCGGAUAAUCAGCUCACAAUAUGGGACUUAUCUGUAGAAAGGGACGAGGAAGAGGAGGCUGAAUUUAUAGCUAGAAACCAAGGACAAGUAAGGGCUCCUGAAGAUCUGCCUCCCCAACUAUUAUUUAUUCACCAGGGACAAAAAUACCCUAAAGAAUUGCACUGGCACCCAAAGAUUCCUGGAAUGAUAGUAUCUACUGCAGCAGAUGGAUUCAAUGUCCUUAUGCCUUCAAACAUUUGAGAGCACCCUGUCAUCAGACGGUGCUUGAUACAUGUCAUUUGUUGUUCAGUUUUCAAGCAUGUUACCACGGAGUUAUGCCAAAGAAAUUUUGAUAUUUGUUUGUGCUAAGUUUUGUAAUAUUUGAGUUGAACGUUUUCGGAUGGUGGUGGAAGAUAAGCUGAGAUUUUAUCAUUAUUUAUGCAAAACUUUGAUUGCAUUA